CCAAACUUCAAGAUGUACACUCCCGUCCAGUCUGCGCUCGUUCUCUUCCUCGGUCUUGCAGUUGCUGCUCCUGCACCCAUCACGCCCAACCCUCUUGUUCCACGUGCAUUGAACCCGUCUUGCGCCCCAGGAGGCAACCUUGAUCUCUCCAAGUUCAGCCUACAGCUCCCAACCGGCAGCAAAGGCAAAGUCGACCAAGUCUCGGGCGACAAGCUCAAAGGCUGCCAAGGCUGGACAAACGCACAGUACUUCUUCACUGAUAAGAAAGACGGUGCCGUCGUCAUGAAAGUCCCCGGCUCCCCCAGCUCCUCGCCCUGCGUCACCACCCCAAACAGCAAACACUGCCGCACCGAGCUCCGCGAAGCCUCGCCCCAGUCCUGGGACUCAAAGACCGCUACCAACCGUCUCAAGGCUGAACUGACCGUCGUCACUGCCGACGACUCCAAAUACGGCACCGUCAUCGGACAAGUCAAAGUCGACGACAAGGUCUCCAAGAAGCCUCUCUGCGAGCUCUUCAUCAACAAGAGCGGCACUUUGACUCUGGGAGUCAGCCAGAUCCCGGAUGUGAGCAGCCUCAAGAUGACGGAGAUUGGCAAAGUCAAGAUUGGCGAGAAGUUCAGCUACGAAUUGAGGUAUGAGAAGGGCGCUUUGAGUGUUGCUAUCAACGGCGGCGAGGCCAAGACCAUGAGCACUGGCCAGAUCAAGAGCCCUCCUUGCUACUUCAAGGCUGGCAACUACAACCAGGGCGAUAGCCCUAGUGAGGUUGCUUUCUACAGCAUCGAUGUUCAGCAUUGA